AAAAUUUUACUCGGGUUUCAAGUCAGUGCAAAACAAACCCCUGUCAUGUGAGGUGUUCGUUGUUCCCAGAAAAAGUACACUUCCAAAUCGACACGAACCAGCUCAGCUUACAAUCUUCGGAGCUGUUUCGAUCCGCCAGCUCGGGAUCAGGAAAACUGGACGUAAGAAUCAUUACUUACAAUAAGUGUUUGUUCGUAACCCAAAAUAGAAUAAAAUCCAAAAAGAUCAUCAAUCACAGGCAAUGACCUCAAGGGAAUCAGCACCACCCACUGAUUGGGUGCGGGAAAGCAACCUACUCUGGUACCACCGCUGGAUUAUCAAAGUGCUCAAAGCUGGGCCAGUUCCUCGGCAUGUCGCAUUCAUCAUGGACGGAAAUCGUCGAUUUGCCCGAAAGGAGAAUAUUGCCAAAGCCGAGGGCCACUCAAAGGGGUUUGAUAAACUGUCGGAAACGUUGCAAUGGUGCCAAGAUAUCGGUAUUCUGGAGGUUACCGUUUAUGCUUUCAGCAUAGAAAAUUUUAAACGAACCAAAGAAGAGGUCGAUACUCUCAUGAAUUUGGCAAGGGAGAAGUUUCGGAAAUUGUUGGAAGAACGAGACAAAUUACACGAACGGGGAAUUUGCAUUCGGAUAAUCGGAAAUAUGAAUUUGCUGCCAGCUGAUAUUCAACAUAUCAUGGCCGAGGCGGUGCUACUGACACAACACAAUAAAAACGCAUUCCUGAACGUUGCAUUUUCGUACACUUCUCGGGACGAGAUCGCACAUUCCAUUCGGACCGUUGCUCAAGGAGUACAAGAUGGCCAGCUACAAGCAGAGGACAUUGAUGAAGAAGUUCUAACUAAAUGCAUGUAUACGAAACACUGUACCAAUCCGGAUCUGUUAGUUCGCACGUCCGGUGAAGUGAGGCUAAGCGAUUUCCUGCUUUGGCAGUCGACCUCGACGAUAAUCUACUUUACGAAAACCCUGUGGCCAGAAUUCAACAUUUGGCACCUGUUCGCUGCGGUUUUCUACUAUCAGAGAUGCCACUGGCAAAGGAGUGCGAUCCAGGAUGUGUUAAUGGAGGAAAGUGGGAAAGUUGUUACGGAAAAUCUUUCUCGUGAUUCCGUGGAAAGAGUUGAGAAAUUUUUGGAAAAUGUCGAACAUAAAGACCAAGAAUGCUUGGUGAAGAUGGCUAGCGCUAUGGCAUUAGAGUAGUAAUAAAGUUUGUUAAUUAGCAAGAA